UAUUCUAAGUUUAUUGAAGUUUAUAGCCAUCCGCGAGGAAUUUCUUUGUGUUUCUUCCUUUUUUUGCUCGGAAAUAACCUUUGGAAGGAACAAAGACGUAUGCACAAAAAGAUGAACAACGACAUAGGUUCAAAGUCGCAGGGAGUGAAUGAAGGUUUGAAGGUAGAAGAUUCACAGGACGCGGAAAUAAAGGCAUCGAUAUGUCGUAAAGGAUAUCGCCGCAAAAGAACAGCCUUUACACAGGAGCAACUCACUCGACUUGAGGAAGAAUUCGCAGUCAAUAAGUAUCCAGGAAUUGAACUGCGCGAUAACUUGGCACAUGAGCUGAAUGUGAGCGAGGGACGAAUACAGGUUUGGUUUCAGAAUCGAAGGUCAAAAUGGCGCAGGCGCCAGAACAACGUAAAACCACAAAUCCCCAACCAAGUCUCCGCAGAACCCAAGAACACUUUCCUAGGCAACCCAACUUGGCCUUGCACUUCCUUAUAUGUAAAGGAACCCCUACCCAAACCUGUGCCAUCUCAUUGGUUACUACCAAAUGACGUCAUCACGUCAUGUGAGGAAACCACUUGUGCUUCUUCGGCUUCGGAUGUUCCUGCGGAUAUUCGAAGCCUGCUAAAAAUAAGACGCGAAGGUCAUUCACAACAAUUGGUCGCUUGCGUUUCUUCUAUCAUGUCAAAGGCAGAUGAGAUUUCGUUUGAUAAUAACGAAAGUACUGCGCAUGCUCACAAUUAUACUGAUUCGUCUCUAGUGUCCUACGGUCAAAUGUAUUUUGGUGCGCGAAGAUCCCUGGAUGAGAUUCUGGCAGCCAAAGGACUAUCAGUUUUGGAAAACUGCAUUUAG